AUGGCUGACUUGGGCUCUCAACUAGAUCAUACGGAGGCUUUACCGCCGAAGGUCAAGGAAAGGAAAAGGCAGGAUACAGUGGAUGUGACCGGAACACAACGAGGACAAAGUGGCGUUCACCAUCUAAUGCAGAAUGGCACGGAGUAUGAUGAUAUUGUACAGCUCUCAGCUGAAAUGUUGUAUGGAGGUCGGCACCGAAAGUCCUGGACAGCGCUAGUGGAGCCCUAA